AUGCACCACCUUUCACACGUCAGCUUCCAAUCUCAUCGCGUGUUCAAACUUCCUUCCAACCCCAAGGGUCCUCAGGGAGCCUCCACUUUACACAUUUUAAAUCAGCCGUCGUGCCGUCCCAUCGCCAGAUUCGGCUCUGCAUCUGCAGACACUGGACUGCGUUGCUGCAUAGACCAGUCAGCCACGUUGACACCGCCGUUCGUGGAUUCUAGUCGCACUCGUCACAGAACCCAUCACCUGGCUCCCAAGGCGGGCCUUUCCGCCCGUACCGUCCCACGACAGCACAUAAGUCGGAGAAUUUGUCCCGGAUACAAGGACGAGUUUGAUUUGGUAUUCCGCAAUGAAACCCAAGCAACAGAGCGACGAGCAAGGAGGGCGACCAAGAAGGCUCUGGCACACAGACAUGGACGAGAAAUAGAACAAGUCCUCUCACCGUCGUCAUCCUCAUCAUCGUCUGAUGGCGGUGGCUCACCAACUUCGCCCAACACUCGCUUACCUCGUGUUUCCUCAACUCCUCAACUGCCUCUGGAGGAUCACGCGGCGUGUCAUUUCAUUUCCAAUUAUGUCCUAGUUCCUCGUCACGGCAAUCUGGUUGGGUUCAUGGAGUUUGUUGUUCCUCUGUUAAAAGCUGACACCGUCCCCGAACAUUACAAGUACGCCUUCGAGGCCUGCGCCUUGGCCUCCCUUAACAAUGGUGUCGGAAAUCGGAAUCAUUUUGAAAAGCAGGCACUAGGGAAAUAUACCAAGGCGCUGUCAACAACGUUUGCGGCUCUGCGCGACCCCGAAGUUGCCAAGGAGGACGCGACCCUGGCUGCUGUGCUUCUCUUGGGCUUGUUCGAGAAUAUCACCGCCAAAACUAUGGGAAUGCUAGCUUGGGGUUCGCACAUUGAGGGUGCAAUACAACUGGCAAAGGCUCGGGGCCGUAAACAACUUCUGACAAAAGUCGGCCUUAAUAUGUUUAUUGCCGUGCGCACGCAAAUGAUCAUUCAUAGCCUCAGCACAUCGAAAUCUCCUGGUAUGGAUGCUUCCUGGUGGAUCGAGGAUGCAGUGAGGGACAGACAUGCCUCCGAAUGUCAGCGACUAUGCAUCAAGGUUGGCGAGCUCAGGGGAGAGGCCAACCGGCUUCUCACGACCGUACCCCGGACUCCUGAUAAUAUGGAAAUCGUCAUCGACAUGAUCCGACGGUGUCAAGCACAGGACCAAGCCUGCGCAAGCUGGUGCAAGAACCUCCCCGAUUAUUUGCAAUGCAAGACUGCUACUUGGGAGGAUAAUGUGCCGAAUGGUGAAUAUGCCAAAGCAGAGGUAUACCCGGGGAGAGUGGACGUUUACAACGAUCUAUGGGUUGCUACGAUAUGGAACAUGCUACGGUGUGGACGAAUCAUACUCAACUCAAUUAUUGUGCGAUGUGCAGCCUGGGUCUGUGCUCCCGUCGACUACCGAACCACUCCAGAGUAUGCCAAUGCCGCGAGAACGACGGUCGAUAUUGUCACCGAUGUCAUUUCUUCGGUCCCUUACCAACUUGGCUGGUUCUCCAAACGCAGAGACCUCCUGGAACGCGCGAACCUCUCUACCUUUGCCUGCGGCGAGGACGAUUCGUCAAAGGGCUUAUCGGGAUAUUUCAUGACUUGGCCCCUCGCUUUCAUUCACUCGUUGGACUAUUUGACAGACUCGCAGAGGACUUGGGUUCGGGGUCGACUGCAGUACAUCGGCUCUCACCUAGGAGUCCGGUACGCUUUACUGCUCACUCAGCUCAACAUACGCAUUCCGUCAAUGCUCAUUUUUCGAGAUGGACUCAUUGCGAGACCCUUUGCAACUGCGAGCGAUUUUGAGAGGCAAGCAUCCAAGACAUCCCGCCCGACACCAAGUUUUUAUGCGAGUCCUCUCGUACCACAGCACGAAACUGCAGAGAAAGCAAAACUAGACCAAGAGGCUGCCAGUGUAUUGACAACCGUCAUGGGGUCGUCUGGCAAUGUUGACGAGCGAAGAACGAAGACGUGGCUCGAGUUUCAACACGUCACCACGACCGCUAUCUAA